AGAAAAUUAUCAGUAGGCGUUUGCCCGUGUCUAAAGAGAUAACGUUUUAUACAAAGUGCUCGCUCCGUGUUCAGUGAAAAUUGCCUACCGGAGAUCUUGAAAAUAACUUUGUGUGUUUAGUGUUUUGAUAGCUGAUAUUCAAAGCUAACAUGGCGACCAGCGCACCUGUGAAAAAAGUUCCCAUACACCUUCAGAGCUCGCAGAAUCGGUUGCUCAUCAAAAAUGGGAAGAUUGUCAACGACGACGGAAUGGAGGACGGCGACGUCUACAUAGAAGAUGGAGUCAUCAAGCAAGUGGGCCGCAACCUGAUCAUCCCCGGCGGCACUCGCGUCAUCGACGCCAGCGGCAAGCUGGUGAUGCCGGGCGGAGUAGACCCUCACACGCACCUGGAGCUGGAGAUGAUGGGCGCCAAGACCGCUGACGACUUCUACAAGGGGACCAGGGCGGCCGUGGCGGGCGGGACUACUACUGUCAUUGACUUCGUGCUGCCCAACAAGGGCCAGUCGCUGAUCGAGGCCUACAACAACUGGAGGGAAAAAGCUGACUCUAAAGUAUGCUGCGACUACGCCCUCCACGUGGGCGUGACCUGGUGGUCCAGCUCCGUGAAGAAGGACAUGGAGCAGCUGGCGGCCGAGAUGGGGGUCAACAGCUUCAAGAUGUUCAUGGCGUACAGGGACAGCUGGAUGCUGGAUGACUACGAGCUGAUGUGCGCCAUGGAGGCGUGCAAGGAGAUACAGGCGUUGCCGCAGGUGCACGCGGAGAACGGGCACAUCAUAGCGCGCAACACGCAGCGCCUGCUGGCCCGGGGGGUGACGGCGCCCGAGGGACACCUGUUGUCCAGGGACGAGGAGGUGGAGGCCGAGGCGGUUAAUAGAGCGUGUGUUAUUGCUAAUCAGGUGAACACGCCGCUCUACAUCGUGCACAUGAUGUCCAAGUCGGCGGUCCGCGCGCUGCAGGAGGCGCGGCGCCGCGGCCAGAAGAACCCCGUGUUCGGGGAGACCCUCGCCGCCACUGUGGGCACAGAUGGUUCGCACUGCCGCAACGCGUGCUUCCGCCACGCGGCGGCGCACGUGCUGUCCCCCCCCCUGCGCGCCGACCCCCACACCCCGGAGGCCAUCGUCGAGGCGCUGGCUGAUGACGUGCUGCAGGUGAUCGGCAGUGACAACUGCACUUUCCACGAGAAGGACAAGGAGCUGGGCAAGGACGACUUCAGCAAGAUCCCCAACGGAGUGAACGGCGUGGAGGACCGGCUGGCCGUGCUGUGGCAGAAGGCUGUCAACACUGGUGUAAUGGACCCGUGUCGCUUCGUGGCGGUGACGUCCUCCACGGCGGCCAAGAUCUUCAACAUGUGGCCGCAGAAGGGGCGCGUGGCCGUCAACAGCGACGCCGACGUGGUGGUGUGGGACCCGCGUCUCGAGCGCACCAUCUCGGCUGCUACACACAAGCAGGCUGUCGACUUUAACAUCUUUGAGGGUCAGAAGGUGGUGGGCAGUCCUCAGUACGUGAUUGUGAACGGCCGAGUCUGCCUGGACGAUGGAGUCUUGAGGGUCGCUGAAGGUUCCGGUCGUUUCAUCAAGACCCCGGCCAACAGUCCCUACGUGUUUGGGGGCCAGCUGCCCGGCGCCGCCGCCCCUGAGGCACACCUCACCAUCGAAACACCCACCAAGUACACCAACGGGAACACCCCGUCCCCAGGUAGAUACGAUCAAGACUAUGUGCUUGCAGAUCUGACGCUGGUGAAUAAGCACCUGGAGGGAAUGGCUCUGGCUUCGGGCAUGUCGACCCCGACUGGACGAAAGAUGAGGGAGCCCGGCCAGCGGGACCAGCAGAAGUCUUCGUUCUCUAUCAGCAAAGAGGUGGAAGGCCCAGAGACGAAGACGUCGGUGCGUGUCAGGAACCCGCCUGGCGGCAAGUCCUCGGGCCUGUGGUAAGCACCCGACUGCACCGACAACACUGAAGACCAAUAUGACGCAAUAACCAGCUCAGGAACUUAGAACAGGGAAGGAGUCCUUCGGAAGAGCUUUUUUCCAUCGGGAUCAUGACGAUUCACAUGAUAAUUCUGCGUUUUAAAGCCUCUUGUAGUCUUUGGAAAUAACUAAGUAAGAAUAUCAUAAUAAAGCAUAACACCUACAUGCUAUUCGAAGCCUUGCAUUUAGUAUUAUCUGAAGACUCAACGCGAGGUGACUACAAGGGUGUCCCACGACGACGCGUCGGCUAUACUUUGCGUCAACUUAACUUGUUCUGAGAUGCUUUUGCGGAUCAAUGUCUUAGAAUAAUUCACAUCCAAAGCUAGAUUUUACCAUGAACGGUAUUAGAAAUGCUUUGUAACCUGUUAAACGUUAGUUUAACUAUAGAUUAAGCUUGAUUAUUAUUGUAAUAUUGAUGUUAGAUUGUUUCCAUUGAAUUAGGGCAUGACAAAUUUAUAUUCUGAUUUAAUUGUUAUACCUACGCAUUAUUUAUUUGCUGAUAGGUACCUGUAUCAUGUUUAAUCGAUGGUAAAUAUCUAAAUAGACUGAUUAAUUAUUUAGACUUCGAAAAAAAACUAGAAUGAACAUUGUGAGUUCACGUCGUCGAAUACAUACAUAAAUAUUUUAAUUUAUUUUUAAA